AUUCCUAUCCGAGAAAACUUCGAAGUGAGGUCUUCCCUUUUAACGCCCAACCGUCUCUGCGCCGUGCGUUCUGGAUGCCCGAUAUGCCAUGGCUUCUUCCGCUCCGCAAUCUUUCAUUCGCAAGAUCAUGCGCAUGAUCUUCACCUUCUUAUCUAUUUUUUGCCUUCAAGUCUUUGCUUGGAAAUCCCCGUUUUACCCUCAUGACGUGCUUCCACUUUUGCCGAGACAGGUAUCCUGGCCUUUUCUCAAGUCUCUCUACAGUGCCGCUGAUCUUCUGCCGUCCUUCGUCGGCGCUGCUUCGUCCCCAGAUGACUCCAUGGAAUGGAAGGGCGCGUGCUUCUACAACAACACCGCCUGGUUGGAGUUUCACAACCACAGCGGCACCGAAUUUGGUGGCGGAACCUUGCAUUUGAAGGUAAGUAAUGCUCAUAGUUGGACAUGCAUGGACAUUUAUGUCUUUGCUUCUCCGUAUCGUGUGGCAUGGGACUAUUAUUUCAUGUCUCGGGAGCACACAUUAGAUUUCAAAGAGUGGGAGGGGAAAGCUGAGUAUGAGUAUGUUAAACACGAGGGGGUAUCAAUUUUCCUCAUGAAAGCUGGGAUGCUAGGAACCCUUCAAUCACUGUGGGAAGUCUUCCCCUUGUUUACAAAUACUGGAUGGGGGGAGAACUCCAAUCUUGGGUUUCUAAAGGAACACAUGGGAGCUUCUUUUGAAGCACGUCCUCAACCAUGGGUUACUAAUGUCAGUGUCGAUGACAUUCACUCUGGAGAUUUCCUUGCCAUUUCAAAAAUUCGAGGUCGCUGGGGUGGGUUUGAGACUCUAGAGAAAUGGGUCAGUGGAGCAUACGCUGGUCACACUGCUGUUUGCUUAAGAGAUUCUGAUGGAAAGCUAUGGGUUGGUGAAUCAGGACAUGAGAAUGACAAGGGGGAAGAUAUUAUUGCAGUGUUACCUUGGGAUGAGUGGUGGGACUUUGAACUGAACGAAGAUAGCUCCAACCCCCACAUUGCUUUGCUUCCUUUACAUCCUGAUAUCCGAGCAAAGUUUAAUGAGACUGCUGCAUGGGAGUAUGCAAGGACCAUGAUUGACCAACCUUAUGGUUACCAUAACAUGAUUUUCAGCUGGAUAGAUACUUUAAGUGCGAACUAUCCACCUCCCGUGGAUGCUCAUGCGGUUGCUUCUGUUAUGACUGUUUGGAAUCAUCUCCAACCUGAUUACGCUGCUAAUAUGUGGAAUGAAGCCUUGAACAAACGACUUGGAACUAAGGGACUUACCCUUCCUGAAAUUUUAGUAGAAGUUGAAAGGCGUGGAUCAUCUUUUGAUGAACUACUGACAAUUCCAGAACAAGAUGAUUGGGUUUACAGUGAUGGGAGAUCAGCUUCUUGUGUUGCUUUUGUUCUUCAGAUGUACAAGGAAGCAGGAUUGUUUGAGCCAAUUGCUAGCUCUAUUCAAGUCACAGAAUUUACGAUAAAAGAUGCUUACAUGCUCAAUUUUUUUGAGAACAAAUCGAGUCGCUUGCCCAAAUGGUGCAAUGAUGGAGAUACUGUGAAGCUCCCUUAUUGUCAGAUUAAAGGGAAGUAUCGAAUGGAGUUACCUGGCUACAACACCAUGCAACCAUAUUCUCAUAUGAAUGAAAGGUGCCCAUCUCUUCCACCAGACUAUUCCAGAUCAAAGAAUUGUUAGAAUCUUGGAAAAACAUAAUUAUUGAUCUCUAUAGUUUAAUCGUGUUUUGUUAUUGGUCUCUGUAUUUUUUAUUUUUUUUUUUAAUAUUGUAGGUCCUUGUAGUUUUUCUACUAGCAAUGUUAGUCCCUUUAUUUUUAAAUAUGCCAAAGGUAUGAUGAUGCGGCACAAACAGCAUUAAAUUAAGGUAUUUGAUGCAUAAGUACGAUGACUAGAAAUCACUUUCUGACAUUGACAAGAGCUGUCAUCAGAACAGUCUUCGUCAAAAAGCAAUCAUCCCUUUUUUUACCUUAUGCUAAUUCAAAUUGCUAACUCAAUGUGUUUUAAACAUGUUAUCAUCCUGAUUAACAUUGUUAGUUACGUAUCAAAUAAUUUAAUACUGUUAUUAGUGCUGCAUCAUCAUCCCUCUCUACAUAUUUAAGAGUAGAGGGACUAGCAUUGUAGAGGGACCUAGCACAUCGGGAAAAAAAUAGCACAAGGAUCAAUAACAAAACAUGAUAAAACUAUUGGAAUCAAUAGUUAUGUUUUCUCUAGAAUAUGUUUAUCCAAUUAGGGCUGACUGCUUCACAAGAUUAUUUGUCUUUCAGACACAUGGGUUGUUCAGGGGGUGAGAAUUGAAUUUAUGGUGUUAUAAUAGACAUGUGAUUAAAGAGAAGUAACAUCAAUUCAAUUGUAUAUAUUCUUACAACUUGUAUUAGAUGAUGCAUGCAAUCUGGAUAAUCUUUGUAGCUGUAUUGAUUAUAAUGUAAAUAGAUGGGAUUUUCAAA